AUGGACGCCGACGAGGAUGUCGUCAUGUCGGGGACUGGGACCACGGUUCCUGUGAGGACUGAUAAACCGUCGAGCGCGUCACCAAACAAGAUAGGUACGGAGAAACUCAAUGGAGCUUCCCGGUCUAGUGGCCAAGCCGAGUCGCUGCUGGCGGCGUUUCAAAGAAAAGUAGUGGCACCUGGAAAUCUAAUCAAGGAGAUUGAAGACCAUCAAGCAGGUACCCAUUCGAGUGCGAAACCUAAAGACACGAAGCAAGGAUCUGAAAAGGAAUACGAAUCCGUCUCAGAGGAGGAAGAGGAGUCUGACUCGUCAGUGGAGAGCGAUGAAGUUCCAACGCUACUCCCUAUUUCAUCCCUGCCCACGGGCGUAUGCUACGAUAUCCGGAUGCGCUAUCAUUGCGAGGUCAAGCCGACUUUAGAUGUUCAUCCAGAGGACCCUAGACGGAUUUACUACAUUUAUAAGGAACUUUGCAAAGCAGGGCUUGUCGAUGAUCCCGAUGCUUCACGGCCACUGGUAUCUCAACCCUUGCUUCGCAUACCUGCGCGAAACGCUACACUUGAGGAAAUAUCGUUAAUUCACGAUCCGGAACAUUAUGACUUCGUUCGCAGCACCAAGACCUGCGGCGGUGCUAUUGAAACCUGCAAGGCGGUUGUCUCGAGCAAGGUCAAAAACGCGAUCGCUGUGAUCCGGCCUCCCGGGCAUCAUGCAGAGCAAUGUCAGGCCAUGGGGUUUUGCUUAUUCAAUAAUGUCUGCGUUGCCGCUAGGGUCUGCCAGAAUACUUUCGGCGACAAGUGCCGCAAGAUAAUGAUCGUCGACUGUUUAGGCAAUGGAGUUCAAAAUGCUUUUUACGACGAUCCGAAUGUGUUGUAUGUCUCCAUUCAUGUCUACAAGGACGGUGCAUUUUAUCCGGGCGGCGAGCAGGGGAACUGGGACCAAUGUGGUGAAGGGGUUGGAUUGGGAAAAAAUGUCAAUAUUCCCUGGCCUACCCAAGGCAUGGGAGACGGAGACUAUCUUUACGCUUUCCAGGAAGUGAUUAUGCCAAUCGGCUAUGAGUUCAACCCAGACCUUGUUAUCAGUGAGUUCCUCCAAUCCUGCGCCCGCUCCUUGCCCGAUUUUGACGAAAUUCUAGUUUCGGCUGGUUUUGAUGCCGCGGCGGGUGAUGAACUUGGCGGUUGUUUCGUCACUCCGCCAUGUUAUGCUCAUAUGACAUCUAUGUUGAUGAACCUUGCAAACGGCAAGGUCGCUGUCUGCUUGGAGGGCGGAUACAAUUUCCGGUCGAUCUCAAAGUCAGCACUCGCGGUUACUAGGACGUUGAUGGGCGAGCCCCCGGAUAGACUUAUUGGCGCUGGGGCAUCUAAUGCGGGAGUCUCUACCGUUCGUCAAGUAGCCAUGAUCCAGUCAAAGUACUGGCGGUGCAUGUAUCCGAAAGGUAUUCAAAUACAGUCAGAGCUUUCCAGUGUAUACUCGCUAAAAUUCAACCUAGGUCCUCCGGAGGCGUUCUGGGGUAAUCGCGUUCAUGAUAUCAUCCGGCAGUACCAAGCGAAACAACUUUACGACGAACACAAGCUAACCAGCCUUUAUAUCUAUCGGAAUUCGAUUUCCAAGUCUUUCGAAAACCAAGUCCUUGCAAGGCCAGAGCUCAUGGGCAUCCCACAUCCACUCACCAACACAUUGGAAGCGCAUAACUGUUGGAUGGCUGAUGUCGUCAAGGAUUAUAUUGGAUGGGCCAUGGACAAAAAUAUCGGAGUGAUAGAUGUGAAUAUCCCGAAGCAUUUCACUAAGAGUAGCUCUUUCGAUCAAUACGAGGACGAGGAUAAGAAACGGAUAGACAUGGCGGAGGAACUUGCAGUUUACCUUUGGGAGAAUUACAUCGAGUAUGAAAAUAUGUUGCUAGCUAUAUUUUGGACUUUACUGAUUACUAUUUUCUCCUUUUCGUUUCGCAGGCCCAACGAAGCCACCCACGUCUUUUUUAUGGGAGUUGGCAACGCAUUCGGGGGGCUUUCGAGACUACUAUCCAAUAAAGGUAUGGGCGCUCUCGGCUCUCCCGAUCGUUCAACACUGAUGAUCGCGUAG